UAGAGGAUUAUAUAACUAUUUAGUCUCUUUCACUCAUGUUCACUGAUUCCAUUUAUUAUUUCAACCUUUCUUACAGAUUGAAACAGAAUAGACAUUUUUAAUGUUAAACAUGGCUUCAUCAGAAAGUGAAGAGUAUAUCAUCAAUUGUGGCACAGAUGCGAACCCUAAAUGGAUAGAAAUAGAAACAAAAUGUAUACCGUUUGAUAAACCAGCUAAUUAUCCAAAUGAAUAUUUCAAGAUCAGCCUUCCUUCAACAAAACCUUCUGUAUCUUUACCUUACAAAAAUGUUCCUUUGGAUACAUUGCGACCUGUUGUGGUUAAAUCAAUUAAAGAUGGAACCAUCUCAUCUGACUUAGCUGCUCUGUUUUUGUGGAAGUAUGGAGAGCGUCUUAAAGCAACGUUAGACGAAAAGUGGGAAUCUUUUGGAGUUACCAUCUGUGAACCAGGAGAGGUGAAGUUGAGUUCAAUUAUUGAUGUCCAUUUUGGUGCCCAAGAAAUUCUCAGUUCAAUUGAGACAGACGGAAUGGUGUCUUCAAAUGAUGACAAUUGGAUUGCUUCAUUUUUAACGUCUAUUUAUCGCAUCAAUUGUGCUAAAAAUGAAAACUAUCGAUUGGAAUUAAGUAAAACAGCUUCUAACAUUAUGGUUAAAAAUUUUGGAAAAGGUUCAUAUGCCAGUUUAGACUUCUUGAAUGUCACUUAUCGACACUGGAUAGGUAAUACUAAUUACAUCAAGAUUAUUGCUGCUUACGACAUGUUUUUAUUCAAAACAAACAUCAAAAAGUACCAGUUCCUUCGAUGGGGCACAAUAAGUUCCCGAUAUCGAGAGUGUUCUGUUCUUUCAACUUUGAUUGAUAUCUCAAAUGAAUGUGGAUUUACAAAUUUGUCAGACUUGAGAAAAUGGGUUUUUGUUGACAGUAUCGAAAGAGAUCUGAAUAGAGUUUUAAAAGAUGGACAAGAAAUUGAUAAACUCGAUUCUUAUACGCCUUACCUACACGACCUAAGAUUGUCUAGUCAAUCGCCGUAUUCUUGUUCCUACAACCCAGUUCUUUAUGAGUUUCUAUCUACCAUGGGAGUUUACAUGGGACGAAAAGGAUCAAUGAACGUUAAAAUGUUACGUGGUCCCUACCAUGAAAGGAGAUCUACUUGCUUCAACGGUCUUGUUGUUGCUUAUCUGCUUCGAGAAAAAAACUGUGAACCAAAUAAGUCUACUGAGAAUUCCUUUGUUCUGAUUAAGAGUCCUAUUCUUGAUACUAAAGAAGUACGACGUGAAUUAUCCGACUAUAUUUUUGACAAAGGGACAGGCAUAAGCGGUCCAUUAGAAGAGUUCAAGAAAUCAAUUGACGUCACCAUUGUCAAUCCUCGACCAGAUACAAUUGGUCAUUAUUUAAAGCACUGUUUGAAGUGAAAAAUCCUGAGAAAUUCAAUCUUUUGAAAUAUUUAUUAUUUUUAUCAAAAAAAACUUCAAA